AUGACGUCGUACGAGGAGUUCGCUGUCGCGAAGAAGGAGCGCAAGGAAAAGAAGGACAAGAAAGACAAGAAGCGGUCAAAAUCAGCUCCCAAGGUCGAGCCCGUAGAGAUUGUCGAGCCCGACACAGACGACGACGCAGACACACCAGCAAAGAAGCGCAAGCGAGACGCUCUUCCCGACGAGAUUGAGAUAGACGUGGACCUUCCCGAGCCUGCUUCCAAGAAAGCCGCCCGCAAAGCGAAGAAAGCGAAGCUGAACCCCACGCCCGCCGCCGCCGAUGGCACCGAAGCCUCAACAGGUGCAAAGCCAGGCGUCGAGAUCGCCGAGGCAGGGAAGCGCUCAGAGUUUGGCGUCUGGAUUGGCAACCUGCCGUGGUCUGCGACAAAAGAUUCGCUCCGCAAGUUCUUGGUCGAGAACACCGAAAUCACGAGCGAGCAGAUCACCAGGGUACACCUGCCGCCACCCACGAAGCCAGUGAACCCCAGCUGGACCACCAAGCCGUUGAACAAGGGCUUCGCAUACGUCGAUUUCUCCACAGAGUUGGCUAUGUACACGGCCAUUGCCCUGACUGAGACCAAGAUGGACGGUCGCGCUCUGCUCAUAAAGAAUGCCAAGAGUUUCGAGGGACGGCCUGACAAGCCCAAGACAGAGGUCGAAGAGAGUGGCGGUCGCGGAAAAGGCGCGGUCAAGCAAGCACACCCCCCAAACAAGCGCGUGUUCAUCGGCAACCUCUCGUUCGACGUCACCAAGGAGGAUCUUCAAACCCACUACACACAGGUCGGAGAUCUUGAGCACAUACACAUGGCCACCUUUGAGGACUCGGGCAAGUGCAAGGGCUAUGCGUGGGUAACGUUCGGAGAUGUCGAGGCUGCAACCGCGGCUGUCAAUGGCUUUGUGUACAAGACCGAGGCUGAACUGUCCAAGAACAAAAAGGCUCGCGAUGGCUCCGACGACGAAGACGAUUUGAAGAAGAGCAAUAAGAAGAGGAAAUGGUUUCUCAACAAGUUCAUGGGCAGAGAGCUGCGCUGCGAGUUUGCCGAGGACGCAACCACACGCUACAACAAGAGAUAUGGCAAGGAGAAGGAGCCUGAUGCCGUUGACGGCGUGAACCCAGAUCGAUGGCAAAACUUCUCAAAAGGUGGUGGUGACAGAAAAAGUGGUAAGAAGGAAGCGCGGGAGUGGAAGCCGCGUGAGAAGGUUGACCCACGAACGAUCAAGAGCGGUGCAGCGCAUACUAAUGCUCAGCGUGCCAGUCACGCAAUUGUGGAAUCACAAGGCAAGAAGACUACAUUUGAGUGA